AGAGCUUUCCGUAAACUCUGAACCAGGUAAGGUUGAGGUAAGGAGAUAAGAGUUUCCAGACCGAAAUUGGUUGGUGGGGAAUGAUUCCGUCUUAUCGCGUCGCCUGUGGCGCCCUCGGAUCGGGUACCAAAGACGCAGUAACGAAACUACAUAAGAACCGUCCUUCAUAUAAAUCUCUAGGCGCCAUAUUGGUAAAAUUUAACUUUGAUUAUGCGCGACACAAAGAAGAUCCGAGAAUUCUUACUGCUGCUCCCAUUUCUCAAAGGAGCCUACGCCAGCAACAUCAACAUUACCGAUUGCUUUGUCAAAUUUCAAUUUAAUGCGGCGAACACGACUCUCAAUCCAUCUGGAUUGGUGUAUGCCAAUGGCGCAAAUGUACCGGCGUCGGACAUCAUGAGCGCAGUUGGAUUCACCUAUGAGACGUGUAUUUCGCAGUGCGGCACUGGAACACAGAAUCCCACCUGGGCAAACAUUUCGCAGCAGUUCGGCGCGUGGCUAUUGCCCUACCUUGCGCUCAUUUCUCAGCUACCUUUCGGCGCAAGACAUAGAGUUGACAAUCUUAUGUCUGCCAUCCUCACAGUCGGUUCACCGGUGCUCGCUGGUUACUCGAUGAUUAUCACCAUUCUCAACGCUAAAUGGAUCAGUCGUCAAUUCGAGAACCUAUCAUUCCCUAACACCGACCAUGCCGUCCGUAUCCUUAUAAGCCUUCAACAAAAUCCACUGAGAAUCACAAAUGAAAAUUCGCUGCUCAGCUCUCUCGUUGUCCUGCCAGAGAAUGAUGACUGGUGGCCGACAAUUGCUGAUUUUCUCGACUACACUCAUACCUGGUCUAUCGCGUCUGUGACAUCCAUUGCGUGGGUCAUUAUUGCCUACCUCUUGACGGUCGCCAGCUCGCUAUCGGAUGUACACGCCAACAUCAACUCCAACGGUCAAGGGACGGGGUCGGUGUGGUUGUGGCUUAUCCCAAUCGUUAUAGGUUGGCUGCAGUUAUCCCCGAAGUGCGACUAUAUGCGUGUUAAGAAGGCCAUGGACAACGCAGAUGCGAUGGCAUUUGUGGUCACUAAUCAUGGAGUCGUAAAGGCAUCAGACCUGAACGAAAGGCGAGCAGUAUCCAUUGAAACCAGCGUCGAAAAACCAUCAUCUCCCGACGAAAUCUUAACCCCACCCAUCUACAACUAUGCCAGGGCCAUAUCAUGGUCUCGGUCGGCGGAGGACGUCUUCGAUGCGUUUCGAAUUGCCUCCGAUAAUGCCAGACAACACAGACCGGUCACCGCUGGUGCCACGUGGAUAAAUGCGAUCAAGAGGAAUACUAUUGAGCCCCCCAACAGGUCUGGAAACCCGUCCGAAGUCGAUCUUUACUGCAGACUUCCUCGAUACGCAGUACGGAGCCGCUGGGCGACCGGGAUGUUCUAUCGCAUGUUCGUGGCCUCGCUGUUGCCCCUAGCUUUGCAAUGGGCAACGACUGGAGCUGCAGUGCUGGUUGUGUAUUUUACUCCGACUGUGGGCCUUGGUUGUAGAUCUCUUGGUUACCUCGUAUAUGGCGCACUUGCAACGACAAUAUGGGCGAUGCUUGUUGUGUCGAGCAUCUUUUCGCACUACGCAUCGUCAUACUCAGACAGACCAAGGAGUCCUUUAUCUUCCAUGACCACCCGUAUCGCAAGGGUACUAUCGAACCUUUUGAGAUGGGGAGGGAAAUCGUUGGCAAUCCUCAAUGCACUCUGGAUAAUCGCGGCAGGGAUGCUGCAGUUUACGAGCAUCUAUGAUAAUUGUUACUGCAACUCGAGCGUGUUGGGAAGAGGGGCCCAAUAUGCAUAUGACAUCGUUGUAACCGAUGGUUUAGACUUGAAUCAAACCAAAGCCGCUUGGUUUGGGGCAUUGGCUUUGGGUGGCUCCACAGCCUUUGGGUUUAUUUGUUACAUGAGUUUGUUAACCGAUCUUGUACCUAUAUAAUGAGGUCUCCGACCGCGAUCAUAUACCACACUAGUAUUAGCUAGACUUACCAUUAAAUAUCUAACGAAUUAGCUAGUGAACGUUCUUUUGCACUUUAUAAUUAUAUUAGGUUUUGUGUGUUACGGC